CCGGAGGAUAAGGCGGGCUCUGGGUUGCAGCGGUGGCGGAGGAUGGGUUGGAAAGUAGAGCAGCAGUAGACAUGCAGGGAGCACAAAGAGGGUUAGGCCACACUGCACAUGGCGCGGAUUCACUGACUAGCUGCUGCUGUCCUGGCGAUGCAGGCACAGUGGCAGUUAUUCCCAGUGGAGCUCACCCUGUUGCACGAGCACCGGAAGUCUCCGGUUCGAGCAAAAGCACCAUGCCUUUAACCCAAAGGCCGGGGAUCCGACAUCACAGAUUUGCUCUUACAGUGCCUUUCCCGACCUCUUUGGAGGCAGAAAUCGCCUGUGGGUCCCUAGCUCCUGAUGCCGAACCGCACCAAGGACUGUUGGGGAAGGAGCUUAAAGUGAGCGGCUGCGUGCUGGAACAGAGGCAGAUUUCUAUGAAUUCCAGACCAGUCAGAGCUACAUUANCCAUCAUGAACUUUCUUGACCAGCUUUCCCUAGUGGUGAACACCAUACAACGCUUUGGGCCCCCAGUUUCUCGUUAAGCCUGGCUGGGAGAAGGCGCUCAGGUUUGCCCUUAUGUCC